AUGUCGACCUAUGAAGAAGAAGAAGAGGAGCUGUGUUGCAUGUUGCUGUUGUUGGAAGAAGAGCAACGCAUGAAGAAGAGAAGAAGAACUCACAGCACACCUGUUGGUAUAGCUGAGAGACUGGCAGUCACUUUGCGCUACCUGAGUACGGGAACGUCACAGAAAGCAGUUGCAGCUGACUACAUGCUGGGAACACGUACAGUGGCGAAGCUGAUUCCCGAGGUGUGUCAGGCCUUAUGGAAAGGUCUCCAGCCGGAGUUCGUGCCAUUUCCAUCUGAAGCACAAUGGGCUAACAUCGCUGAGGAUUUCUGGCGAAUUUGGAACUUCCCUCUGUGUGUAGGUGCCAUCGAUGGCAAACAUGUCCAGAUUAAAGCCCCACCAAACGCCGGCAGUGAUUAUUUUAAUUACAAGGGGACACAUUCAAUUGUUCUGAUGGCUACAUGCGAUGCUCAUUAUCGCUUUACAAUGGUGGAUGUUGGUGCAUAUGGUCGGGAAAGCGAUGGUGGUGUCUUCAAAGAAAGUGAGUAUGGAGCAAGGAUCCUCGAGGGCACUUUGGGUCUACCACCUCCAGCCAAACUGCCUGGCACAGACACUCCAAGCCCCUACAUGUUUGUGGCGGAUGCUGCUUUUCCGCUGCAUCUGAAUUUGAUGCGACCAUACUCUGGCCAUAACCUUCGAGCAGAUCAGAGUGUGUACAACUAUCGCCACUCACGGGCUCGCCGGAUCAUUGAAAACGCAUUUGGAAUCAUGGCCUCACGAUGGAGGAUCCUGGGCAAGCCCAUUGACUGCAGUGUAAACAAUGCCACUCACAUUGUUAAGGCAUGUGUUGCUUUACACAAUUUCCUUACACGUACGGAUGUUUCAAACGGUCGUCGGUACAACCCACCCAACUACGCUGACACCGAGCGACCUGAUGGACAGGUGCAGCCGGGAGAGUGGCGACAAGUUGUUACUGGUGACAACGGCCUCCUAGAGGCACGGCGACUCGGUACCGCGAGGGCAGCUCGAGCAGCAAUGUUGGUGCGAGACAAUGUUAAGACAUUUUUCCAAACCCAGCACGGUGCAGUGCCAUGGCAAGAUAGAGUUGUGCGCAGAGGUCUCCUCAAUUGA